CGUUGUUACAGGAUUCAAUGAGAACCCAUUCGUACAUGCAUUUGGACGAGGAAAAGAUUAUAAAUUUUAUGAGUCCAGAAAAAGAUGUGGAUGGUUUCCAUCCCCUCAAUAUGGGGAAUCUUGCCAUGAGAGGAAGAGAGCCGUUAUUCAUCCCUUUUGCCUCUAAGGCUUGCAUUGAGUUGUUGCUGAGGUCUGGAGUGGAAAUCAUCGGAAAGAAGGCAGUGGUAAUUGGGAGAAGCAAAAUUGUUGGGUUGCCUACUUCCUUGCUGCUGCAGAGGCAUCAUGCAACUGUCAGCACUUUACAUGCAUUUACAAAGAAUCCAGAGCAUAUAUCUUCUGAAGCCGAUAUUGUGGUGUCAGAUGUUGGGGUUCCUAACAUUGUUCGUGGCGAUUGGCUAAAACCAGGAGCAUUUGUAAUUGAUAUGGGUACAAAUCCAGUAAAGGACUCGAGUUGUCGGAAUGGUUACCGGAUAACGGGAGAUGUUUGCUUUGAAGAAGCAAUUAAGGUGGCAUCAGCCAUAACCCCAGUGCCUGGAGGUAUAGGACCUGUUGCCAUUUCUAUGCUACUUUCCAAUACCCUUGACUCUGCUAAACGUGCGUUCACAUUCACUUGA